AUGCAGAUGACGCUAGAAGAGGUCUAUGCUGAUCUAAAAAAACUUUGCAAACUAGCAAAAAGAGAAGAUAACUUAAUAAUAAUGGGUGAUUGGAAUGCUAUAGUAGGGGAAGGUGCAGUGGAUCAAGAAGUAGAUGCAUUCGAGCUAGGAACUAGAAAUGAAAGAGGAGACCGCCUAGUAGACUUCUGCAAGCAACAUGAUAUGACCAUACAUAAUACAUUCCAAAAUAUUCACUGCAGAAAAAGAUAUACCUGGAAAAUGCCAGGGGAUAUCAAAAGAUAUUGGGGAAGAGGUUCAGGAAUCAAGUACAUAGAUGCAAAACAUAUCCAGGCGCUGACGUGAACAGCGACCAUAAUCUUUUCAUGAUAAAAUGUGAUGUAGUGCAUAAGAAACUAACAAGAAUAACUCAAAAACAAGGAAAUAUGACUUGAGAAUGCUAAAAUAUAAUAACAUAAAUACAGCCUAUAUAUUCUACACCAACAAAAAAUUAAAAUUAAACCAUUACCAAGUGACACUACUGAAGACAAAUGGAAUAAAAUAAAGGAUGCUAUACAUGAUGCAGCCAGCAACACAUUGAAAAGAAACUCACCAGAGCCUAGGAAACCAUGGAUAAACGAUAACAUUAUAAGAGAUAUUGAAGAGAGAAGGAAGUAUAAAAACGACAAGGAUAAUCAUGGAAUACGGAGAUAUAAAGAAUUUAAGAACAAAAUUAAUAUAGAGGCAACAUUUGCAAGAGAGAAAUGGUUAGAAGGAAAGUACCAAGAAAUGGAACAAUUGCUUAGGAAUAACAGGAAGGAUCAAGCAUUUAACAUAAUUAAGAAAUUCUUUUGAAGAAAAACAAAACUUAAAAGCAGAAUAAGAGUGGUAGAUGGAAACUUGAUACUGGACAACGACAAAAUAGCAACAAGAUGGAAACAAUAUCUUGAUGCUCCAGGAAUACCAGAGAGGAGGAGUCUCAAUAAUAAUAAUAAUCCAGAUAUUCUAGGAGAAGUAAUUUUAAGAGACGAGUUCAACAAAACUUUAAACUUAAUGAAAACAGGUAAAGCAGCCGAUAUAGACGACAUAGCAAUAGAACUUAUUCAAAAUGCGUGUACAAGACGAGCUAUUCAAAUUAGUGAAUGA